GAGAGAGAGAGAGAGAGAGAGAGAGAAUGUCUUCUUGGCACUCAUUGGGGCUGGAGGUAACGUACCAAGUUCUUGGAUGGGUUGCCUUCUGCUCUUGGUCCCUCAGUUUCUAUCCUCAGGCCAUCCUUAACUACCACAGGAAGAGUGUGGUUGGGCUGAAUUUCGAUUUCUUGGUGCUUAAUUUGACGAAGCAUAUGGCUUACCUCAUCUACAAUGCCUCCCUGUACUUCAGCCCUGCCGUUCAACGUCAGUAUCACCAGAAAUAUGGGGACAAUGAAAUGAUUCCAGUGGCUUUGAACGAUGUAGCGUUUUCAACACACGCGGUUCUGCUGACAGGAUUCACAGUUUUGCAAGUUUUAAUCUAUGAACGAGGUGGUCAAAGAGUUUCAAAAGUCUGUGUGGCGAUCACCAUCGUCGUAUGGGCCAGUGCUGCUGGUUGCUUUUUUUCAGCUUUGCGAAGUCAUUCUUGGCUGUGGCUUAUCUCUGUAUUCAACUCAAUACAGGUUGCCAUGACAGCCAUCAAAUACAUUCCUCAGGCCUUCAUGAACUUUAUGCGAAAGAGUACCGUUGGUUGGAGUAUUGGAAAUAUUCUGCUUGACUUAUUUGGUGCCGUUACUAACUUUGCACAAAUGGGCAUCCAAUCUUUGGACCAGCAUUCCUUAGUGAAUUUCUAUGGCAACAUAGGGAAGACAUUGCUUUCUUUGGAAGUAGUUUUCUUCGAUCUUUUAUUUAUUGUUCAGCAUUACCUAUUAUAUCCCAUCCGGAAGGUCAACAACAGCACGGUCGAAGAUGUAUGAAGGAGAUACUAAAUUUCAGAAAGAAAUGCAUACACAAUGUCAGGUUAGUUUGACAUGUAUGAAGUUUCCUAUAUGUGCACUCUCUCUCCCCCUCCCCCUCGCAUUAGCUUAGAAAAUGUAAAAAUUCGGAAGUGUUUAUAUUUGAU